AUGAGAGCGUGAAAUAUGCCUGACGACGAGUUCAAAAGUGGAUAUGCCGGGGAGAAAUAUGACCGAAAAAGGACAAACGCCGCCGGUGGCGAUGCCCCGGAUAAAAAGAGGAAGUUGAAAGAUGAAAGGAGUAAAGAAGAAGUUGAUGAUCGUCACAAGAAAAAAGCUAAAAAAGAUGACAGAUCAAAGAAACAACAACAUCAGCCAGAAUCGGAAUCAGAUACGGCAAUGCAUAUGACUCCGUCUGAAAUAAAAAGAGAGGAAGCAGAGUUUCGAGCUUUGCAACGCCGGAAUAGAUUCAAGCGUCAAUGGCCUGAAGUGACCAAGGUGAAGAUCCACACCAAGCCGUGGCACCCACCCGGACCCCCUCAAAAAAUGCCUAGAGUGGAAAUAGAAUACCCGCCUUUAACCUUGCACCGCUGGAUUCCUCCCUGGGCGCGUCGCAAGAGACGACGUCCGAAGCUGCCAAGAAUAACGCCAGAAGAGGCCGCGCAGUUUACCCUCGCCGAAGGUCAUACUUUAAGGAAGGUAUGGAACAACUUUGGGCAAGUGGAUAAAAACAAGAUGAUGCUCCAAGGCAUUAGCCGUUCUUGCAACAACAAGAAAUAUUUACCUGAUUUACAAGGUGCCCACACUGGCUGCAUAGCUUUUGUAGCCAGAGGUCUACUCGAAGACAAGCCAGCAAACGAAUUAGUCAGAAAAGACGUGGAUGACGUCAUAGAGGCAGCAGACAAGUACUAUAAGAAGUGUAUCGCUGCUAUGAAGUGCUAUAAAGGCAAACCAGCCCUCCAGCUGAAUCAACAACUGCCGUAUUUUUUCUUCCGCGACACUAAGUACACAAUCAAGACGAAAGAAACUGAUCAAGGGAUACUGGCCAGGCAUCCUGACAAUAAUACCAAAAGUCCAGAUCUUAUGGAGUUAAUGAACAAGCUAGCUGGUACGAAGUACAUGAAAAUUCUAACCGUUGACAACACCAAACAUUUUUUAAUAUGGGGCAAUCCACCCGAACAGGGCGGUAACGUGAAAUCGAUAUGUUACAUAUUCGACCCUUAUAUGCUUGAUGAACAAGGCACCACUGAUGCGUUAUCCGGCGCUGCGGGUAUACUUCGAUAUCCUGGUACAACGUCAUUUGUCCUAGACUUUCUCAAUAACCAUGCGGAUACUGACAAUCCAAACUAUGCCUUGAAUCCACCAACCAUCACAUUCACUGACGUAGAGAUAUACCAAAAAGAACCUAUCAUCCGUGAGCCCCGAUACGACCUUGACCUGAAAGGACGUAAGAUCCAUUGUAGAAGUGAAUUGGAAGCGCUCACCUUCAAUGUUUUGAUAGAUGAGAAGUUGUACCAAAAUAAACAUAAUUUAGACUCCCUGAGCGCUUUGAGUUUAGCUACGUCAAAGUCCGGUCGCAAGAAACGUAUCUACGACUUUUUUGGUGUGACUGGCGUGGGGACAGAUAAGAGUAAGAAUCAAGGUAUAGUGCCACCCGUGGCACCGGAGAGACCUCCGCCCGUACUGACGAAUGAUCAAAUAUUGGCACUAAAAGGGACCGAGGACUUCUUUCUAUAUACCCCUCAACCUGAUAGUCAUAUGUAUGGCCGAGACGACUUCAUACCACUACCGGUGCAAGAAGAAGCAUUCUUGCACAGCCCUGCUGACUUCGCCAAUAAGAAUUUCAAGUCACAAUAUAACCAAGUUGGCCCAGAAAAAUGGAUACUAAGGGCAACCAGGCAUUUUGCAACUCGCAGAUACUCACUAUUCAAGAGCUAUACGGGAAUCUCGUGUUGCGUCGCCGCGUUAGCCAUGUUGAAGAGGCAUCGAGCCCGAGCCUGGAACGAGGACGUUUUGGAUGAGACUUUGGACAUCGGCUACAAUAUAUUUAGGGAGUCGUUAGUGGAAAGACAUGGACCAAUUCGACCUUUGGUUCUUGGUGAAUUGAAGGAGACGUUUAGAAUACGAGAUAAGGAAUAUAAACACAAGGAACGCGGUAUAGCUGUGUGGGGCAGACUGAUGUCGAGAGACCCCAAAGUUUACGACAUUUGCCGUGGACUUGAACAGUUCUUUAAACAGUCUGAUUCUGGGAUAUUGCAGAUUCCUGGUGAAUACGAGACAGCUAUAUGGUACGAAGGAGGGAGAUAUUAUUUAUAUCACCCAUGGCCUGCUGAUCGCUCCGGAAGCAGGGUAGGCCUCCAAGAUGGCGGUAAAGCCUGCCUAGUCUAUUUUCCCAACAUAACUGGUCUGUGCGAAUAUUUUAUGGACAAUGUUAGGGAUAUGAAGCGAAAACCUUUCAGUAUUUCUGAUGUUGGAGUUUUUGAGCUGGAAGACAGACCCGAGCCUUUGAAUAGGAUGAAAGCCAUUGGACCAAACCGCUGGAUAGUCCGCGGCCACUUCCACGAGGGCAAUGAAAGAUUCCCUGAAGAUCAUCGUAACAAGCAAGCAACUCCAACUGCGAUUACAGCUAUUGCAAUGGCUACUGUUGUUGAUCCUUCUACGUGGACACCUGAAGAUGUCGAUGAGACACUGGUACGAGGUGACAUUCUCUACGAAAACACAAUGGAGCAUCUAGAAAAACUGGGCAUUAACUUUGACAAUACACCAGUAAAAGAAGAAAUGGAGGGCGAAGAAGAAGAGCCAAGUCCAAGUGGGACUUUGGCUGCAGCUGAUGUCCUACCGAGAUUCAGGGUUACGGAGUACGAUUGCAUUGAAACCGAUGUUCAGGAUAGCUUGUACAGCGGGCAACUGAACCCAGAACCGGGAUCCGGAAUCCUAUCCCUCAAAGAUUCUAUCAAGCAGCUAUUCAGAGACAACAAAGCUGGAGUGAUCACAGCCCGAGGUGGAUCCAUGGCUGUUUGGGAACAUGAUGAUCACUAUUAUUUCUUUGAUCCUCAUGGGUGCGAUGAGAAUGGUUACCCAACCGAAGAUCCUCGCGCUGGCGCGGCCUUGAUCCGCUUGAAGAAAGAUGCUGGUGAGCUGGCAGAUGUGAUCAUGGGCAACCUUGCCCCUGGUGCUGAUGACAGCUUUAAUCUGUCCCCUGUGGACAUCUUGGCUGCUAAGCUCAACCCAGAAAUCGGUGCUCCUGAGAUGCAAAAGGAGAAUAAGGCAUUUGAGUGGCUACAAAAGAAAACAGCUUGCAUCUUGAUGGGACCUCGUGGAGAAAACUCUGCCCUUGGAAAAGCCAAUGAAAGGAUUGAUAAGAAGCUAGACCUGGCAGGCAGAACCCUCGCGCUGCCGGCGGCAGCGGCUUUCUGUGCCGCAGCGGAGACGGUGCCUCCACCUGGGAUGCACUCCGAUCACAUGUACAACUUACUAGAUGCUGGAGCGGAGUACUACUUGAAUCACGAGAAACAUACCGGUCGCAAAGAUAUUAAUGUGGAUGAUCUGUCGGAAAAGUUUGAGAUGGGUGCAAACACGUUCUCCAUCGAAGUGGGUGAAUCUACUCGAUUGCCUCUUCGAAUGCCCGAUAAACCUACUGGCGAGGGUGCUGAAGAUGAAGGCGGUGCAGGCCUCGGAGAAGGAGAAGUCGAGGAGCCAGGCAUGAAAGAAAUGAAAGACAUUCUCUUCAAAAUGUGGUAUGACACCACAAAGCCAAAUCAAGUGGCACUACUGCUAGGAGACUACCACCAGCUUGGAAUCUGGAUGGCACCUGGUGGCAGAGUAGUUGCAUUUGACCCAGCUCCCACUCUUGAAAAAGGAGCUCUUACCAAACAGAGGAUCGCGAAGGGUGAUGAACUCCGCCUUCAGCGAAUCAAAGACGAGACGCCAGUGGAAGAAGGCGAUGAAGGUGAUGAUGAAGAAGCUGGUGGAGAGGGCGAAGAGAAACCAGAGCCAGAGCCAGAAUUUGUACCACCUGAAGCGUGCCCGGUGCUCAUCCAAGCUGCCAGUCCCGGAGAGUUUAUCGACAAACUAGUACAAAAAGGCGGUCUGGACAACAAGCAAAUGAUCGCUCCGUAUUGGCUGUACCCGGUGAAGGUGACCAACGAACUCACUAACCUGCUGAAGGAGAAGAAACCUGGCGGUGGAAAAGGCGAUGAAGAAGCCGAAGCAGGUGAAGCGGAAGAGGAUGUCCUAGUAGAGGCCCUAGAUGAAACUGCUUACGGCCCACACUACUCGCGCAAGAGUCGCACUGUCGCCUCAGUGAGAGGACAGGUUGCCCAAGGAGAGAACUACUUCGCUGAAACUCCCAACAGGGACAACCAGGACGCAGCAAAUGCAUUGAUGGGCAUUGUAGUCGACACUAUAGAACCUUACACGCACUGGAAAUCUUCGUUGAUCGAUGCCAUCUUGAAGUACGGAGACAGGUUGUACACCACAUCUCUACCCAAUGCUGCCAAACCACCCAAGUUGACAGUCAACGAAGUCGUUAAAGGCUUCCAUGUUACUAAUUUUAAUGUAUUGUUAGACGUCGAUCCCGAAACAGUGACGGGAGAUAUAAGAGCUGGCGAAACUGGAUCAAUAUUAAACCUGAAACGCGGCAUCAAGAAGUUCUUUGAUAACGGUGGCACUUACGGAGUGGUCUGCGCCAAAGGUUAUUGCGUGGGCAUUUGGAAAGGCAAUAACGAGAAUACGUACUGCCUAUGGGAACCGCACUUUGUGGGUCCCACGGGCCGCACUUCCCCGGCAGGAGCCGCGGGUAUGGUUCUCUUCUCCACCAUCGACGAGCUUGCUGAGACCUUGAGGCUGAAUAUCGAGGAUGCAGCCAGGCCUGGGCCUAACAAAUUCACAAUCUCCGGUGUCAAUGUGAACUGGGAGCUUUCAAAGAAACCCGAGAAGCCGAAGACGUCUGGCAUGGACGAUGAAGGGUAUGAGUUCAAAGUCCUCACAGCCUAUGUGGAAUAUGGCAAGGGAAGAACCAUUUUGAGAGGAUCAAGGCCAACGGAGCCGAUCAAGUUUUCACGUGACGCGCUAUUACAGUCUUCUGCCAGCGCUAUUGUUGGCGGGUGCAUGUCCAUGUUAAGGAGAUCGCAUCUCUGGACUUACAAGAUUAUUGACGAGAUAAUGAAGUCCGCAGGUCAGUUGUUUGCGGAUUCACUGGCCAAUCUUGGAUAUGAAUUCAGACCAGGAGAAGACAUACUUUUGCCACUCCAGGUAUUAAAGGCAUUUAUACUAGGUACCAACUACAUACGAUACGAUCUUACCUCGGUAUAUUCGGGCAAAUUAGAGCAAAAGGAUCCUGUCGAUAUGCCGUUCAGAGUGGCCCUAGAAGCAUUUUUCAAAACAUACACUCACGGCAUAAUUUGGUCGUCACCAUAUGCAGUGGCAAUAUGGCGAACAGAAGGUCCUCCGUCGUAUUAUAUGUUCGAACCACAUUAUUGUGAUGCUACAGGAUUGAGAAUUGAUGCACUGGAGGACGGUGCCGCAUGUGUUACCACGCAUACGUCGCCGAAACUAAUGGCUCACUCCUACCUGCAAAACACACCAGGUCCGGAACGAUUUCGGCGCUCCUUCGACAUCUACGGAAUGUCGAUCACAGUGACGCCAUUGAAUAGGCACGCAACGCCUCCACCGCUACUUACUAAGCCACUGCCUAUGGUACCUGCUACCAGCAAGGUAGACGCUUUUGGACGCAAGCGUCGUGCUGAUGAAAAGUCACGUCACCACCCGCCAGGGGAUAUUUCGUGUGUUGAAGCGAAUUGGGCCACAGUUCAGAGAGAUAAGGAGCAAAAUCUUUUCAAGGGCCGCCGCAACACGAACGGCUGGCUUGUCCUCAACGACGGUACCCAGUACAUGUCGGCCAACCACUCGAUCGCCUGCAAAAAGUUCGCGUAUGCUUCUAGAGGAUGCCAGGCUCUGGCUUGCUCAGUGAUGGCAGUGGCGAUGUCCCGCGUAGAAGAUGUAUGCCGCUGGUGCGUGAAAACCCUGGAUCAAAUCCUCGAGAGCGGAGAUCAGCUCUAUCAGGACAGUUACUUGCACUUCCACCCGAAGGACAAGAAGAUACUUGCAAUUGAACAGAUCCUACGCAAAUUUUACACGCCGGGCAACUGCGUGUGCCGCGUGACCGUGUACGCACCGAGGCAGGAGGGCAAAGUCGACAACGACUUGUUGGAUAUGUUGCAAGAAUUCUUCCGCGAAGAGAAGGCGGGUGUGCUCAUCGCCGACGGAGGCUUCGCGAUUGCGUUGUUCAAGACGCCCAGAGGUUAUUACAUGUUCGAUCCUGCUGACCGCGACCGCGUCGGCCGCGCUGUGGCACCACCUUGCAUCGGCAAAGCACGCGCUUGCUUCUCGCAACAUCCAACUGUGCAAAGUCUCGCCGAAAAACUAGCCCCCAACAUUUCACCUGUCAUAUCAACGAAGGAAGAAGAUUCAGAGACUGUCCACUUCGAGGAGCCGGCAUCAUUCAAGAUUUAUGGCAUGUCUGUCUCAAGUUUGCGUAGACUGAACCAACAUGAAAAGUGAAAAACAACAACUUUGACAGGCACUUUAGCACUGAGUCUCUUGGUCUACGCAUAACUUGUCCUUAAAUAUUGCCUACAAUCUUCUCCUUAAAUACAGGCCGAUGAGUUUGUUACAUUGGAUACUGCGGAAACUUAGUCUCAAAUAUGGAUUUGGUGGCGCGGUACUGUUGCCACGAAGUUUAUUAUGCGAAACAAUUUUUUUAUAAUUCUUGCUGUAAAUAACUGUGAAAUAUUGAUUGUAGUACAUCGAUUUUAAAUAACACUUGUAGAAAUUAACCUAAAUCAUAGUCAUAAUAGAGGUCGAAUUGUCAGAAUUCAAUUUCGAUUUGUCCAAUUACAAUACGUUAUAAACAUUAUUAAUAAUACACCGACAAAUAAAACAACAAACAGUUUUAUACGUAGCCAUAAUAAUAAUAUAGUUUGUAAAUAUUCAGUGCUAUUGUUAACAUCACUCACAUCAAUUUUGUUUCUCCAAGGUUAGGAGUCAUAAUUGCACUUAUGUCGAUGUUAAUUCAACUUGAACUGGUACAUUAAUGAUUUUUUCAAUCAAGUUCGCCGUAUUAAUUUGAUCAUAAUAAAAUGUUUUGGCGUAAUUAGUCAUAAUAAAUUAUAAUUAUGAUUUUCAUAACAAAAGUUUGCCAUAAUAUAGGUUGUCAUAAUGCGUAUAACAAGACCGAGUGUGAAAGUGACCUGAGGUAAUGAAAUGAC